CAAGAUCAAGCUUUGCUCCCCUCCGGCGCAUGUUAGGGUUUGGCCUUUCUCGAAAUCCUUCUCCCUCUUCCACUCCGCGGAUCUAUAAUCUCCUUCCCCUCCACCCUUCUCUACCUCCUUCUCUCCCUCACUAGGGCGCUAUUUUGGCAAUUCGAGGGGUGGAUUGGAGAAAUGUGGUGAAUUUUUGGAUCAAAUUUGAAAGAACAGAAUCUUUUCGUGUUGCUAUCAUGUUAUUGUCUCCUCAGUUGGGCCUAUUGAUUUCAUUUACUGUUACAAAUGCUGAGUAGAGAAUAUCGUGUUGCAAUUUGUAGAGUAUUUGAGCUGGGCAUCACUUGAUUUUCAUAACUUGGAAUCUGCAGUAAAUAUCAGCAGCUUAGGUCUUCCAAUGAUCUCAUGAGAAGGAAGAAGCGUGAGAGUCAAAAAGCUAAGUGAGAACCAGCUAUGAAGAUGAACUAUGACGAAGAACAGCUGCACAUGGCCAGACCAGCUAAUAUAAGGCGUAUGCGAGUCUAAGGAUUGUGAUGAAUGUCUUGACCAUUUGAAUGACAUAAAUCCAAAUUUGCACUAUGAACUAAUAAAGUUGCAGAAGAUCCUAGAAGCGCCGAUACUUUUGGCACUGUUAACCACUAGACUCCAAAAUCUUAAGUUGAUAGGAGGAUGGUCCAUACAUAUUUAACGUCACCUAAAGUUUCUUGCUUAUCUGGGACUAUCCUGUUCUCCAACAGGUAGUAACAUGAUUAGGUCAAAAUUUUAGAUCUGAAGUUUUAAUUUGCAAAUGGUGGACUUAUGAAGAUUUAGAGGCUUUUGAAGCCUCGCUAUGUGUACCUGCCAUUAAAACUGCAUGAGUUGAUUUUGACCCAUCAAUUUAGCCUCCCAUACUACAGCCAUUAAAGCCUGCAUGCAUGGUCACCAACCGGAUGAAAUAUUGCUUGUGCUAGCUAUUGAAUGUCCUGGUCGAGAUAUAGUUGGGAGUAGUACGUUGCUAUGAUAUCAAAUACACAGAGCAAGGGCAAAUUUUGAUACUCAAUGUCCCAAAAGUUAAGAAAGUUUGGUGAAAAUGGAGAUUCUGAAGAGCUAAAAGCAGUAAAGAACAUACAAGGAUCAUGUAAAGAGACAUGGAAAGAUGAAGAAACGGUGGAUGAGUUAUAGAGAUGGCCUCUUGGAAACAAUGAAUGAGUGGAAACACUAUGGAAGGGGUAAAUAGGCAUCACCUUUUAACUGACAGAGGAGAAAAAACGAUUAACACAUUAAUUACUGUUCAGAGGAAAUACAUGUCCAAAUUAGGCAUCUGCAGAUACCCAUGAUAAAAUGCUCUCAUUAUUCUGGGUGGAAUUUAGGCUUUAUUGUCGCCAAAGGAAGGCAGAAACUAUUGUUUCUUUCAAUUUCAGCCCACUGAUGAUGAUCUUCUGCACACUACUUAUUAUGUCUGGGAAGCAGGCUAUAUUUGUUGGAUUCUGUCGGUGUUCUAAUGUUAAAAACAUGGUGUUGGACUGGCUAGAAAGUAAUAAUUAGAACUUUCUGAUAGUCAGCUAUCAAUAGGAGACUCUGUCAUGCACUCAUGCUCCAGUCUAUCAUCCGAUGAAGGCACUAAUGCAGAUUGGUUAAUGGUAGCUGAAUCGAGUGAUAGAUAUUGGCGACAGAUGUACAUAUCUUGCAUUCAAGACUCCAAGUUCUGGUUUUGGAUGAUGCUCACAGUGAUGUGACACCACAGGAAUUGUGGAGCAAAUUUUGGAGUGACAGCUACUGCAAUAAUCUCUGCUGGAAGCAAACUGGCUUUGCAUAGACAUAAAGGGAUCAUAAGCGAAAGGAAAAUUCAUGACAUGUUAAUUAUGGGCACAUGAUUUGCAAGCUCUAUUUCUUAAAUGUUACAUGUGAACUUCGUCAUUGUCUCACCGAGUAUCAUCUUAGUUUAUAUUUGCUCAUAUAUGCCUGAUGGCCUGAUAUGGUGGUUCUACAAUGGUGUCAUGCAUGCAGUUCUGGUUCGGUCAACCAUACCUAUGUUGAUUUAUAACAUGUAAUAGAUACAUUCCUUGAAAUAUUGAAGUUUGUCCGGGUUUUCUUCCCAGCUAUUAUUCUGAUGCAAAAGUAAUGUCAGCAGAAGCUAGAGCAAUGUUAGAUGUUUAUGAUGAUCCCUCAGAACAGAGGUCCUUAUCUUUGGAUGACACUAGCAGCGCGGAAGAAUCACCAGAGGACACAAGGCUUUCAUUAGAAACCUCCAUUGAUGCAAUUCCUUAUAUUGGCCAAAGAUUUGUUACUCAUGAUGCUGCAUAUGAGUUUUACAGUGAAUAUGCAAAGCGAUGUGGUUUCUCAAUUCGUCGUCAUCGAACAGAAGGAAAAGAUGGAAUAGGGAAGGGACUCACAAGGCGGUAUUUUGUAUGUCAUCGUGCUGGCAAUACUCCUACGAAAGCACCAAAUGAUAGUAAACCACAGAGAAAUCGGAAGUCUUCUCGAUGUGGGUGUCAAGCAUACAUGCGCAUCAGCAAAAGCACAGACAUGGGGGUAACUGAGUGGCGAGUUACAGGCUUUUCUAACCAUCACAAUCAUGAACUCUUGGAGCCUAAUCAAGUGCGCUUCCUUCCAGCCUAUCGCACUAUCUCAGAUGCUGAUAAAAACCGCAUCUUGAUGUUUGCAAAGAGCGGUAUUUCCGUACAGCAAAUGAUGAGAUUAAUGGAGCUAGAGAAGUGUGUUGAACCUGGAUAUUUGCCUUUCACAGAAAAAGAUGUGAGAAAUCUCAUACAAUCAUUUAAGAAGGUGGACCAAGAUGAGGAGAGUAUUGACCUUCUUAAAAUGUGCAGGAACAUAAAGGAAAAGGAUCCCAAUUUCAAAUAUGAUUUCACUAUAGAUGCCGAUAACAGGCUAGAGAAUAUUGCCUGGUCAUAUUCCUCAUCGGUCCAGUCAUAUGAGAUUUUUGGAGAUGCAGUUGUAUUUGAUACAACACACAGGUUAACUGCUUUUGACAUGCCACUAGGGAUCUGGGUUGGCAUGAAUAACUAUGGAAUGCCAUGUUUCCAUGGCUGUGUUCUUUUGCGGGAGGAGAAUGUACGGUCCUUUUCAUGGGCAUUGAAGGUGUUUUUAAGCUUCAUGAAUGGAAAGGCUCCGCAAACAAUUUUGACUGACCAAAAUAUGUGUCUCAGAGAAGCAAUAGCUAUCGAAAUGCCAAGCACAAGACAUGCACUCUGUAUAUGGCUUAUUGUCGCAAAGUUCCCAUCUUGGUUUAAUGCAGUUCUUGGAGAACGGUAUAAUGACUGGAAAGCUGAGUUUUAUAGACUCUAUAAUUUGGAAAGCAUAGAGGACUUUGAGCUUGGAUGGAGGGAGAUGGUCAACUCAUUUGGGCUUCAUACAAAUAGACACAUUACCAAUUUGUUUGUGUUUCGGUCGCUAUGGGCACUGCCAUAUUUGAGAAAUCAUUUCUUUGGAGGAAUGAGUACAACAGGCCUAUCGAAGUCGAUCAAUGCUUUCAUUCAGCGGUUCUUGAGUGCACAGACCCGUCUUGCUCAUUUCAUAGAGCAAGUUGCUGUAGCUGUUGAUUUUAGAGACCAAGCUGGGGAGCAUCAAACCAUGCAACAAAAUUUACAGAAUAUCUGCCUCAAAACAGGUGCUCCAAUGGAAGCUCAUGCAGCUGCUGUCCUCACGCCCUAUGCAUUCUGUAAGCUCCAAGAUGAGCUUGUCAUGGCUGCCCACUAUGCCUCAUUUCAGAUGGAAGAAGGCUGUUUUCUUGUUAGACACCAUACUAAGAUGGAUGGUGGCCGGAAAGUGAUUUGGAUACCACGGGAGGAACUUCUCUCUUGUAGCUGUCAUAUGUUUGAGUUUUCAGGAAUUCUCUGUAGGCAUGCUCUACGAGUGCUUUCCACACUCAAUUGCUUUCAGAUUCCAGAUCGGUAUCUGCCCAUCCGUUGGCGUCGAGUUAAUUCAUUGCCUUCAAAGCUAGUGCAAGCGGCUGCUGCAAGUGAGCAGGCUGAGCAGGUGCAGGCUCUGCAAUCUAUGGUCUCAGCUCUUAUAUCAGAAGCAGCUAAAUCAAAAGAGCGGAUGGAUAUGGCAUCCAAGGAGAUCUCAAUUCUAUUAUCCCGCAUAAGAGAGCAACCCAUUUCGCUGCAUGGUUCAAGAGACUGUGUUCAUAGGAGUUGAUGAAUUUACUCUUGCUAGAACUCAUACUGGCUAAAAAAUAAUAAAAGCAGAGCAAGAUGAUAUGUAAGAUGGUUUGGCUUUUGUUACAAGAACAGGGAAUUGCAGGAGCUGAGAAUACAGUCUGUUUUUGUUUGCUGAUAAACACACCGGAGAGCUGGGCGUUCUGUCAAUUAUAAUCAGCAUCUUUCACCAAUUGUGGAACAUACAUACUCAACAUUGCUAUGCAGUUUUGUGGUCUUUAAAUUUGCAAUGCAAUGUUUUAUCUUCCACAACACUUACAGAAUAUCAGUGUUUUAUGCCAUGAGUUGAAUUAUAUACAAAUUUACAGAAUAUCGGUGUUCUAGGCCAUCAGUUGAAUUAUCGGUGUUCUAGGUCAUAUCCAAUUCUUCAUUGUUUUGUGCCACCAGUCAUCUAUUACCUCAUGCUGUAAAAUUGCGAGUAGAAAUUUAGACUCAGCCAGCUUUCUUUGGAACAUUUUCAGACGUUUCAGGUCGUAUGCAUUGACUGUUUUCAUACUCUUAUAUUUUCAGUGGUGAUCCCUCAUAUUAACUGGUAAUGUUGCGUUAUGUAAGAUUUCCCUUUGUUGUAAUGAGAGGCAUUACAUUUUUUGUCAUCUUUUUAUCAAGAGAAGGCUUGGAAGAUGGUGUUUCAAGGUCAUUGCAGGUACAUGUUCCUAUUUAUCAGGUUGACUGACUUAGCAGAUAUUCCCUCUGCAUGCUAUGGGCAACAGCUUUGCUUCCAGAUUGCCUGCAGUAAGAUUUUAUUCUGAGAUGCCAGUAUGGAUCAUCGAAUAUCAGAUUACUAGAUGGUGAGGCAUUUGACGUUCGGAUAAACCGAAUGGGUCUCCAAAAAAAUCUGUUACAGCAUUGGUGGUUUGGUGUGAUAAUAGAGCAAGGCUAGACAGGAACAUAGGCUCUACUGGAAAUAAAGACAACGGAUGUCAAAAGCUGCUCAACAGCAUCUGAACAAGAAAAGCCAGCAAACAUGUGGAUAGCUCUGUAAGUUUACUAUCAUUGCAUGACAUGAUAUAAUCAAAAGAAUACGACUAACCGGAUUAUAUGGGGUUCAUGGGACAGUUGAUGUGGCAUCAUCUUUUCGUCAUGUGGAAAGAGGUUAUAACAUCAAAGAACUAAUUCUUUUUGUGGCUCAUGUAAAUAUCAUGCUGAUGAGAGAUACAUUUCAAUGUUUUUUUUUUUUAAUGAAAUCUGCUUAUAAAGCAGUCCACCAAACA